AGAAUCUCUACAGCUGAAACAAAGAAUGAUCAAGAAUCCCAGUCACCAAGGAUCAAAGCUGACAACCCUGAUGAUAUCACGUCCAUGUUUAACAGCUACUUUGCUUCAGUAUUUGAUUCUGAUGACUCUUUGAGGGAAGAAACCAGCCAUGAACUCGAAACUCCAGUCUUAUUUGAGAUCAUUCUGACAGUUGAGGAAGUUCAAGCAGUUCUUCAAACAUUGGAUGUUACAAAAGCCACAGGACCUGCCAACGUCCCAGCCCGUCUGCUUAAAGAAACUGCUCCUGUUAUUUCAACGUCUUUGUGCACGCUUUUUAAUAAGUCCCUAAGUGAAGGUGCUCUCCCGGAAGAUUGGAAAAUCGCUAACAUAAUUCCUGUGUACAAGAAAGGUGAAAAAGAAUAUACUGAAAACUAUCGGCCAAACUCACUCCUUUCAAUUGUGUCAAAAGUUUUGGAACGCUGCGUCUUUUCUAACAUCAGGGAGCAGCUGUACCAGGUAAUUAAGACCUCGCAGCACGGAUUCAAUAGAGGAAAAUCAUGCGUGACCAAUCUUCUCGAAGUUUUCAACUAUAUUGGCUCGAUUUUGGAUGUUGGAGGUCAAGUCGAUGCUGUGUAUCUUGACAUGUCUAUUGGCCUUUUUAAGAAUCAAGUUUGUUGA